AUGCAAGUUAUGUUCACCGCCUCCGAUGGACAAGCCAUCGACUCUCCUUCGACGGCAAAUCUUAUUCGACCAACGCUUCAGCGCACGACGACGAAUCAGAGCAACUCAGAAUCUUCGAUUGGGGGCGAAAAAAUAACUUACUUAUAUCGCGUCGCGGAGGGUCUUGCCUGGGACUCGCAUGCUGCAAAAUGUGCCGAAAUAUUUGGUGUGCCUUCACGGAUCACACGACGCGCGGAACACGUUAGUCGACUGCUUUCUGCGCAUGAACUCACCAAGUUGCUAGAUGAAGAGAUGUCGGAAGAAGAGCGAUUAGAUUUGGAGGAUGCCGAGGCGGUGUGUAGACGCUUCCUUCAAUUGGACCUUGAGGGUGAUGGAGGCGGGAACGUCAAAGCACAACUUGCUGUGGUGCUUGGUCGAACGGAUGAGCAGAACGAGAACACUCGAAUUCUAUGA